AAUGUAUAGCAGAUGUGUGAAAACGAAACCAGAACUGUAAAACUUACGCCUGAUAUUGCUGAGCUUGUGCCUGAACGCCACUAUCGUUGCCCGCAGGAUGGCUGCUUGCAAUUCUUUGGGAACCCCAGUCACUUGGAAAUGCACCUACGCAAGCGACACAAUGUGAUCCAAGAAAGGGAGCAGCAGAAUGAUGGCAAGACAACUGUUUUCCAUUGCCCUGUAGAUAAAUGUAUGUACCAUGUGCAGACACUGGGUGCGCGCAGCUUUACGACACUACGCCUACUGCGUCAGCACUACCAAAAGAUGCACCUGGCGAAGAACUACAAAUGCGACGGAUGCCAGCAACAAUUCCUCCUGGUGCACCAUUUGAAAGCGCAUAGGUGCGUAGAGCAUGUGUGUCCGGUAUGCGGUCUAACCUACACGUCCAAGGCCGCGCUGCGAACGCACGUUCGGCGAAAGGGCCAUAUUCUGGAGGAGAAAGUCAGCAAGUCGUUUAACAAAGUAGCUAUAAAAAGGGUCCCAAAAGUGGUUAAUGCUAAAAGCCCUGAUAUUAAAACAGAGCCGGAACAGGUUUCACCCAAUAUUUAUCUAACGCCUGUUUUUGAGAUGUCAUCUGAAAUCAGCGCACCACCGCCCAAUCACCUGUUCUAUUGUUUGCCGGCCUUCGAGGUACCACAUACCGUGCAAGUGUCCACGGAGCCCGAGGAUCUUGCGCCAGAGACUGCAAGAAAUGUGCCCGCACAUUUAAGUAAACAGGAUCAUUAUAUAAAUACUACUGACAUGCCUAAUUUUAGCGCCGAGGAAGUUGAUCUAGAUCUACUGCUACGUGAUACGGAAACUCAAACCGAUGACGUAGAUCUGGAUACUUUAGACAUGAACAAUGGCGUACUGGCGCCUUUGUUGCGUGAUAUACAAACCCAGACGCCGGACAACAGACACAAUCAGGCCACAAUGACCGAAGAUGAUGAUCAACAAACGAAUUCAGCUGCUAACCAAUAUGUCGCCUUCGAUGAGCCUAUGUUUGGAACGCAAACCUCUGCUCACAUGUACACACAAACGUGUGAUGAACUGUUUGAGGAACUGGGACUGUCCCAUAUACAAACACAAACCAAUUGGCAGGACGGCCUUUACAACACACAGUACACGCAAACCUGUGAUGAAAUGCUGGACGAACUGUUGGAAAACUUCCAGUCGACGUACACACAAACUCGCUGGUUAGAAUAGCACAAAAUGUGAAAUUCAAGCGAUAGGCAGUGCGCUCCUAAAAUUGUGGUUGUUGCUAUAACUAGAAACCUAAAUUCCCUGCGGUUGGCGAUGAAGUCUCAGCUACAGAGUACUCCUCACCACGCGGUAAACAUACAACCGAAAAGCAUUGGAAAACAAGGUUCUUUAACUAAAUUCUCGUAAUAAUUUCAUCAACCAAGAUCCCCAGUCAGUAUGGAAACAUAUAACUGAAGACCCUUACGUUUAUUUUUAUUUUUUAUUACAGUUUAAGUUUAAUAUAUUUGUAUAAUAAUAGCGAA